AUGAUGAGCAAUAAUAAUAAUAAUAACCAUAAUCAAAGAAAUAUAUUAGUCAACUUAUCACAUCUAUUAUUAUCAAAGAUUAUUAAUUAUUUAGAUGACAAUGCAGAUCGAAUAGUGUUUACAUUAGUUUGUAAAAGAUGGUUCAUUGAUAGGCAUAGAUAUCUAUCUUUUAAUAUUAGUCAUAUUAAAAAGAUAUUGAAUGAUGUACUUAAAAAUAAUAUGUUUUUAAAUUCAUAUGAAUCAAUAUACCUCGAUUCAAUCAAUAGAAAGAAUAAAUAUAGAAUUGUUGUUUUCAAAACAAUUCAAAAUUCUCCAAUGAGUGUAUUUACGAUGGAAAAACUCAGACAAAUUAAAGAGAUUCAUCCAAAUGUCGAUCAAGUUAUAUCUACUGAUAUUGAAUCUUCUGACCUGGAAGAAUUAUAUAGAAUGAUAUGUAGAUCCAAUGUCACAGAUUUAAGUUGCCAAACACUUAGAUAUAGAUUACCAGAUAAUCUAACAUCUCUAUCAUUCGCAUAUGAUUUUGAUGAACCAUUACUACCUGGUAGUCUUCCACCAAAUCUUAAAAAUCUAGAUUUUUCCUUUUCUAAAUACAAACAACCAAUUCAAAAAGGUUUGCUUCCAAACACAUUGGAGAAGUUACAUUUGUGUUCGUCACGCAAAACACUAAUCGAACCAGGAGUUUUACCAUCAUCUUUGAAAGUUCUUUCUUACAAUGGCAAUAAUACUCUAAAAGUUGGAUCAUUACCUCCAAAUCUUGAAGAAUUCAAUUUCUAUGGUGAUCUAAAUGUACCAAUCUCGGAAGGAGUACUACCUUUAUCACUUCACACAUUGUCAGUACCAUUUCAAUGGCUUCCAUUAAUCAAAUCGCUUUCAAAUCUGAAAUCAUUAUCACUGUUAGGUUCUGGCAAAGAUGAUAUCGUUGAUUUAAGUUAUCUUCCGAGUUCACUAACAGAUUUGCAGAUUGGAGGAGAAUCUAUGUUUCUAUCUACAAUUCCACCAUCAAUAAAAAGUAUCGGUUCUAUAUAUCCACAAAAAACCGAUUCAUUAUUCAAAGAUCGAUCAGAAUAUCAACUUGAUUAUCUAUCAAUUGUUGGAUACAAACAAGGUUCACUCAAUGGACUGAAGAUCAAGGAAUUGGAUAUUUUCAUGGAUGUUCUUAAUCCUGAUAUACAAAUGGAUGAAUUAAAGGAUCUUCCUGAUGGUAUUGAAAAACUUUAUAUAGCUUUUCAAAGUGAUAUUCCAAUUAAUUUAAAAGAUAUUCCAUCUUCUGUUCGAACUUUAACACUUAAUUCAUUGGAUAGCUUUGAUGUCAACACUUUUCCAAACACAUUAGAAGAGUUAGUUAUUGAUGAUGUUGGUGAAUAUGAUGAUAUAGAUGAUCAACUAUUUGACAGUGAUCUUCUUCCAUCAACACUUCAAUCACUAACAUUACCGUCCUUGUUACUUCCACAACCUCGAAUACCCAACAAUCUUAUUAUCAAAACAGUGGAAUUGAAAAAUACAUCAGAUAAAAUAACUUUGCGAAGACUUGACGACCAUCAUUUUCUUUUCAGCGAAGAAUCAUGUUUUAUGUGUGCGAUCGUUCAUGAAUCUCAGAUUCCUAAUAUAUUCUCAUUUUAUGAAUCAAAGAUUCCAAAAUAUAUGUUUGGAUAUCUUCCAAGAUGGAAUAUAAACUAA